CAGUACCAAGGCAGCCUUCGAGGAGUAUGGACGUCUUUGCUGUUGCAGAAAUAGCAUUGUUGCUGUGGCUGAGAAAGCGUAGACGGAGGCGGAGGCAACGAAUAUGGGUGCAUCCAAUAAGUUCUAGAAGACCUGAAUUUGGGAGCUUUGGACAUUUGUUCCCAGAUUUGGUCAAUAAUCCGGAGAAGUUUUAUGACUUCUUUAGGAUGACCACAGAACAAUUUAAGAUGUUGGUUGAGUUGAUGGGACCCUCCAUCAAGAAGCAGAAUACCAAUUACCGUCUUGCAAUUCGACCUGAAGAAAGACUGGCCAUUUUCCUAAGGUCAGUCAGCAGAGCAGCAAGCUGAGCUGCUCCUCACUUUAAAAAAUGGUGGCUUUUCCUCUUCAUCCUCAUCCUCAUCCUCGUCAGCCUUUUCACAGCCACAGGAGCCACAACAGGACUUCUCGCCAUUGUCUGCUCUUGGCCUCCACAGGGUUGGGGAGGACCGGCCAUCUCCCUCCAAAGAGCCCAGUAUCCAACUCAACCGGCGGGGCAUGCCAGCUCGGAUGAGGAAGAAAAACCGUCUAUAUUUUGAUGAUGACUUGGUCAGUACUCCUACUCAAGUAAAAUCUCCAAAGAAGGCUGCACGAGGCACCCCUAAGAAGCAAGUGAAUCCCCAGCCCUUGCCUGUUGCUCCUGUCAAGUUGGAACCUCCAACCAUCACCACCCCAGACAAGAAAGUGGCACAGCAGAAUGGAGUCAGGCUCAGGAACUUUCUCAAGCUUCCACAAGCACACAAAUGGGUCUACUUUGAAUGGUUCUACUCCAAUAUUGACAAACCUUUGUUUGGAGGGGAGAAUGACUUCCAGAUAGUGCUGAAGGAGGCUUUCCCAGACCUUCGCACAAGGCGACUGACGCGCCGGCAGUGGGGGAUGAUCCGGCGCAUGAUGGGCAAGCCGCGCCGCUGCUCACAGGCCUUCUUCCAAGAGGAGUGUCAGUCCCUAGACAAGAAAAGACAUGUGCUGAGACUGUUGCAGCAGCGAAAGAUCACAGACAUUAACACCCUGAAGGACUUCCCACUGCCAGACCAGAUCCCUAUGCAGCUGGUCAUUGGCACUAAGGUCACAGCCCGCAUAAGAAAGCCUGAGAAUGGGCUGUACACAGGUGUGAUUGAUGCCGUUGACACUUCAGACAACACCUAUAGGAUCACCUUUGAUCGUCAUGGCAUUGGCACUCACUCCAUCCCAGAUUAUGAAGUACUGUCAAGUGAGGUGGCAGAGAUCAUGCCUCUGUCUAGUUUCUCUCAGAAGUUCCGUCCACGGCUGGGCUUGGUCACCCCACCCAGACCGCUGCUGCCUAAGCUGGAGCCAGGAAGCAUUGGAGCAGAUAGCCCAGCACUUUCUCUCACCAAUGAUCCCAUCCUGGCACAGUCACCACUCAAGUCAUCCAAGAUAUCAAUGGAUGACACACUGGGAGGCUUUCCUGUCAAAUGCCUUGUACAGAUUGUCCAGCUCUCAAAAAUCCUCCGUGCCAAGCGGGAGAAGAUUGGUGCCCUGCGGGACAUGAACAGUCAGGCAGAGAAACAGAGAAGCUAUGGACAAGAGUUGAAUGUGGAGUUCCAGAGGAAGUAUGCUGCUUUAGUUUUAGAGCUGGAAAAGCUGAACAGGGACCUGAACCAACACCUCCUUGCUGUGCAGCAGUUUUGCCAGGAGAUUGCCCCUGAGCAGUCUGGGCCAACCCUACUGCCAUGUCAGAUCCGGGAGAGAUGCUACGAGGAGGCGGCGACCAUCGUGGAUGUCACCAACAAUGCCUCAGGGUCGCCACAGGUGUCCAGCCCGGCCAUCAUCAAUCUGAUAACUAAGCUCACCUCUCUUAUGUUGCAGGUGAAGAAUUUGGCUGAGACAGAAGUGAGUGCCUUUGAGCUGACCUCUAUCCAGGAGACACUAAAUGAGAUCCGCAAUUCCCUGGACGAGUCGAACCGUGCCGCCUUCCAGAACAACAUUGAAGUCCACCUGACGCACAUCAUGUCAGCAGUCUCCCAGAUGGGUACGCUACAGGCCUUCAGCAGCCACAAUGGGACGCAGGUGUAAUGCAGCCCACCCCACCAGGUGAUGGAUGGGCAGUCUUUCCUUGGCAGUUGUGCUUUAAUUUUAUGGGUAUUUUGCGUUGGAAGAAAACAUGUAGCUUACAUUAUAUAUGCAUAUUUAAAAAAUUUUCUUCAAAUAUAAAUGAGACUGAGUUGCUUCCCUCCUUGUAUAUAAUUGUUGUCUUUUAGUAAAGUAAUGAAAGUUAUGUUGCCCAGUGGGUGACGCUAUCUCUAUAUGGUGACUCGGUGUGGUGAGGCCCACUUGCUUCAGAGCCGGGUAAUGCCAUGUUGUGUAAAUAGUGAAUAUAUGCAAUUUUUUUAUAUAAAAUGAUAUAAUGGUUUAUAAAUCUAUUGUUAAAGUCUUGCAUGAUCUCGCCUUUAGUUGAAAUAUUAUAAAGACUACAUUAAAGACCUGAAUGAUAGUAAAAAUUUAUAUAUGCAUAUUAUAUAUUGCAUUAUAAGUGAAAAUAGAAAAAGAGUAAGAUAAGUGAUAGUUUUUGUGAGGAGACAGCUGAUGUAACAUAAGGAUUGCAUACAGAGGGUGAUGGCAUCAUGUCUUUGUGGUGUCUUCUCUGAAGGAAAAAAAAGCCCAGUUUGACAAAAUUUUCCAAGGAUCUUAAUUAGACAUACACCACAGCCCCUGCACUUAAAACAGUUUGGUUAAGUGAUACUUUGGGUAUAGCUAAAGAAAACAUUAGUACCAUGCACCAUAUGAAAUACUUAUGUAAAUAUGUAAUAGCAAUUAGGACAAUAUAUUACAAUAAGAAUGGGAUGUGCGCAAUAAAAGAUAGGGUCACUGUUGGCAGAAAGGGUUACAUAGUAUGAUGUCUUUUCCUCCUUUCUCAGCUUUUUCCUCCACUCUCUUUUUCCUUCUUGCUUAUGGUAGAUGAUAAUGGGAAAACAAAGAUAUUAAACAAAACAGUGGUGAUGAUGUUUGAUAAUAAUGAAUGAUGAUAAGAGUGAAGAAGAUGAAGAAUGAGAUAACAUGGAUAACUGCAACUCCUCUGGCUCAUGAGUUUUAAGACAGCAGGAUCCACAUCAUUCAUUAUUUCCUCACCAUCAUCAUGCUGGAGGGUUGAGGCACUUGAAGGUUGGAGUCCUGAUGUAACAGUGCCAGACUAGCAGGAGGGUUUGGACUGCUUUCUGCUUGUUGUCAUUUUCCUUUCAGUGGGGCUAGGGAAGGGGUGACCUGUAUGCUAUCCACACUGUUGAAUUGUUUUUUUUGCCCAUUCAAGCAUAGUGUGUAGAAGCACUCUAAAGUUUCCAAGCCACAGCAUAAAUUAGAUUCAUUAAGAUUAUUUCACACUCUUCAACUCCGCUAAUCUCUUCAGCACCUCCACUUUUCCUUUAUAUUAGUACUUCCUUCACAUACCUAAAUCCCUUUAGUAGUGUCUUGGGUAGUGAUAGUGUGGCAGAUGGUGUCAAAAUCUUGAAUGUGGCAGUGGAAUUGUGUGCAUGUAUAAUUCAAAGUGAAUUUGUUUCUUUUGUAUUUUGCUCAAAAAUAUAUAAUUUUACUAACUGGUGCAUAGUUAAAGUUCACGGGUACUAAGUUCUUAGAUGCAGGGGCUCUAGUGUUUUAUUGACAUCUGCUAUUACCAUUAUUAUUGCACUCCAUCCUCUCAUAUCCAUUGUACUUGCUUCCAGAAACACUUAUGAGGAGUAGAUAUUAUAUGACUUUGUCUUGAGGAAGUCUGUGGUAGUAACAUGAGCCAUGUAGUACCUUUUUUCUGUUACUGUUGACAAAUCAGUUCUCAGUCUUUUCACUGUUGGUAAUUGAGUUAAUAAUUGUCCCACACUUCUAGGUCUGCUGUUGCCAGCCUGAACUUAGCCAUGAGUUGCACUCAUUGAGGAACGUAAUAGUGUUUGAGGGUCUUGAGAUGAAGUAUCAAUAGUAAUAGAUGGGGAGUUACAUUACAGAUGAAGCAAUAAAUAAAUCUUUGGGCUGGUGAUAUCUGGACUACUGUAAUUUUCAGGGUUUGCCUCAUCUUUGAAUGCAGUGCACCUAGAUUGUCAUUUUGUUUGCUUCUCAUAUGGAACAUCAUUGUCAGUUAUGAAAUGUAGGUAUCAUAAUACUGCUUGAGUGCUGCCAUUAUCAUAUGAAAGGAGAAAGAGUUUCUCUCUCCACCUCAUGCUACCUUGCUAUUACAUCUUACCGGUCAUUGCAGGGUCUCUGGUGACAAUUUUGUUCACAGAACAUAAUAGCAACAUCUGGUGCUGGUAAUGGGGUGUGGAAUGUUGUGUUCUCUUACUCAUCACACACAUUCAUAUAGAAGUACAUGGACUCUCUCUCUCUGUCUGUCUCUCUCUCUCUCUCUCUGUCUCUCUCUCUCUCUCUGUCUCUCUGUCUCUGUCUGUCUCUCUCUCUGUCUCUGUCUGUCUCUCUCUCUCUCUCUCUCUCUCUCUCUCUCUCUCUCUCUCUCUGUCUCUCUCUCUGUCUCUCUCUCUGUCUCUCUCUCUGUCUCUCUCUCUCUCUCUCUCUCUCUCUCUCUCUCUCUCUCUCUCUCUCUCUCUCUCUCUCUCUCUCUCUCUCUCUCUCUCUCUCUCCAGGUAGAUUUGAACUCAGUUUCUCACAGUCACCACACCAUUACACUAACCAUUCAGUCUCUGUUGGGAUGACAUGCAGGGAAAGAGAUAUGAAGUUUACCUUUGUAUCUGACAGGAUGUAUCAGAAUCCUGAGGCUGAGGCUUUGUGUAAAAUUUUGUUUGGAAUUGAGAGUAUGGAGUGUUUUAUCAUUGGUGUUAAUUUAUUCAUCAGGAUGACCAAAUUAGUGCUAUAUGAAAUGAGGCAAUUAGUUACUGACCCAUUAUUGUGGAGCCAGCUGGCCCACAUAAGAAUAAUCUUGUAUAGAUUAUAAUUCAUUAGAUGUAAGAAGGAAACUAAAACAAGUGACAAGCCUAUUGUUUGGGGAAGAUUUAUUGUAAACACAUUAAUGUGUGCUGCUCUGAUAGCAGUAGGUAUUAUGAAACUUGAUCGGGAUUAAUUGAAAUUCAACAAAAUCUCCGGCCAAGUCCCAAGUGCCUCAUUGUCAUGCACUGCUAUUCAUUUUGCUCUGACCAACCAAACCUGAUUCUGUUAUCAUUACAAAAGUGUCAUCAGUGUAGUGAAGUGUGCAGUGGUGUGGGAAAGUACUGAAGCUCGUGGUGGCACCAAGAUGGUGUUUUUUUUUUUUUUUUCAUACUGCUCAUUGAAAACAUCAGGCACUGUUGAGGAUUCUCCAGGUUCAUUGUGUUGUACAUAUAAUGCAGAUGUAAAGACUUUUGUUAUUAUUUGUGUAAACAACUUCAUUAGCAAGGCAUGCAAGGUCGGGUUGAAAGCUUGAGCAGAAAACCAAGCUGACGUGAGACAAUCUGAAUGUGAGUAAUGUGUAUGUGAAGUCUUGUUGCUGCCUGACUGUCAUUAUUGUGUUUAUUUGCCAUGCUUCAAGUCUUAUGAUUAGUACUGACAGCAAUAUCUAACUUCAUAGUUAAGGUCAUGUAUAGACAUGACUGAGAGGUUUGAUAUCAACAGCAGUUAACUAGAAAUUUUUGAAAAUAUUUUCAAAGUUUACGUUAUGAUCAGUCUCAGUCACAAAUGAAAACCAGGAAUGGUGUUGAUGGACAUCAUGAAGGAAGCAUUAGAUAUAAGAAAGAUAUCUGUAGAGUAAAGAAGAGUGGUUGUUCAUGAUAAGAAUGAAAGGAAUGCAUGAAUGAUGAUGCUGUCUUAAUGUGAGAUUCCCAGCUUCUGGUUGGAUCAGGUGAUUGGGUCAGCUCUGGGGGAAGAGAAUGAAUCCUUAUGAUGCAGCAGGAGUGACCAGCUUUCCUGGUAGGCCCUGCUGCAGAUAUUCAUGGGUAUACUGGACGACUGCCCCUUGUGCAUUGUGUUGUGGUGAGGCUUUGUCCUCUCCCUUGAAGGCCUAGAGGCAAAGGUAUGAGGUAACGAGGAGAAUAUGUGUUUGUAGAUGUCUUGUCUCAGCUACUACUCAACUACUCUGCUUGAUGGGGGUGACAGAGACAGUCUGAUAUACAGGAUGUAACAUGAGUUUCUGCAGAUAUUGCUAGAGACAAAAGUACAAGUUAUUCCAAGUGGAAAAUGUUUUGUACACACAUGCAUUUUGAGGAGUUAUUUAGCCAUGGGAUGAAAUUUGAGUGUGGCUGGACGACAGAUACAACAACCAGACCAGGCAGGUGUUUAUGUCGUAGAAACACCAUGUCCACAUACUCCACCUUACUGUAUGUGGCAUUUUCAACAGUCUUUUCUGUCAAAAUCAUGCAGUACAAUCUAAAUGUAUUCACUGUCACCAUCUUGACAUGAAACCGCAAGUGACUGGCUAGCAAUCAGCUGAUUUGCUGCUAGCUUUGCUCUUUCCCCCUCCCUGCCAGGGCAGGCAAGGUGUCACAUAACCUAUUAUUUUAUUUGUCAUUAAUUACAGCCAUGCUAUCAUUGUGUAAUAUUUAUCAGCAGAUCACCUGUCUGUCAAUACUACUUGUCCCAUUACGGAAUACUGUAAUACUCCAAAACAUGUAGAAAUGAUGAUUGAGUAACUCACAAUUUCACCAUCAGACAUCCUGUGUCAAGACAUCCUACCAGUAUACCAGGCAGCCUGUUGUCUGGCCACAUUCAAAUUUCAUCCCAUGGCUAAAUGAGAUUUCAAAAUGCAUAUGUGUAUAGAAAAUUUUCUAUUUAGAAUAACCUGUACUUUUGCCUCUAGUGGUAUCUGCAGAAAUUUGUGCUACACCCUGUAUAGAUAGAUGGUAAGUCUGUAUAAGUACUUUUGUUUUAGGUAAAGAAUGCCAAGUAACUUGAAAACUUACUGUUCUCUGCCUUUCUCUUUUUUAUGAAAAAAUAUCAGGCAAGAAAAGUCAAAUAUGGUAGAAACUUACCAUAUGUCUUAUUGAUCCAAAAACUAAAGUAGUGGUGCAGAGCUAAUUGUUUAGGUGCUGGAGUUCCCAAACUGUGUCAGAAGAGCUACAUAUUUUUGUAUCUUUGUUUUAGGACAUGGAUGGAUUGAUACUGCAUGUGACUGUCAGGCUGCAAACUGUCAUUUUAGAUCAUGACAAUUAAGAGGUGCCAGGAGAGCAGUGCCAGGUGUCAUGGCAGGGGUGCCUCUGUGGACAUGAGGGAGGCGGCACAGUGGAGUGUCAGAUAGCCUUGGAAAUUUUGGUGUUUUGUUGGAGUGUAUUAUUAUUUAUAUAUUUUAUUUAUUUAUCUUUUUUUUUAUUAGUUGUGUUUUGGAGUACAAGUAACUUUGCUCAAAAGAAACUCAGCCUCUUUUGUUGAUGAACUUGCAAUGACACAGUUUUGUAUCAUAGAGAUGUAAAUUUUGUGAGGCAAUGACUUCUACUGUGCUUAUGUACAUAUGAUGAGCUUAGUCUAUGUAUAUAGUGAUUAAGUUUACUUUUAUCUUCUUUCCCAAAGUUUUAAACAUGAUGGAAAUAUAUUUUAAAAUUACUAAUUUGUUCAAUUCUUGUAUUGCCAUUAGUUUUUUAGUCUGUAAAUCUGAUAAUGUCUUCUUUUGCCUCCACAGUUCUAUGAGAUGUGUAUAAUUUCAUUUGCAUGGGAAAUCAGUCACACCUCCCAAAUUCUGUCACUAAAGUUAAUUUUCAUCCUGUUUCAAAUUUGUCACCAAGUUACAUGUUUUCCCGUCAUAUUUGUUUCCCUGUCAUUCACCACAAAAGAUAAGUUGUCAUGUAGGAUAGUGCUUAUUGCCCUCUUCCAUCAUCACCUUCAUCCCAAACUUGUAGUACUCACCUGAUUUGUGUGCAAUAACAAGCUGAAUCAAGUAGAUUGGUUUCAUAUAUUUUUGUGUUGAUUCCAAAGAUAAUAGUCUUCAUUUAGUGUGAUGAUGGUGUUUGUUACACAACCAUAUCUGUCCUGAGUGGUGAAAUGUCCAAAAAAAUGGAAAGGCUUUGGCUUCUGAAAUUUUGAUUUACACUAAUUUGUAGUGUGUUUGUAAUUACUGAAUACAGGACUGCAAUGAGCAGUAACCAAGGUCACCAGAACUGCUCCACAUCAUCAUUCAGGGCAGAGUUGGGUAGCACUGAUGAGCAGGUUGCAGUGGUGUGCAUCAUCACUUGAAACACUGUAAUCCCAAAUUUUUACCUUUAAAAAGAAAAGAAAAAAAAAAAAUAUGGGGCAUUUUUACCAUGGCUGUUCCUUACAUGGGGCUUUACAGAAGAGGGCAGGUAUGAGAUAUGAUAUGAUAAAUUAUGUUUUGUUUUAUAAUAGACAUUGCAGAGCCUUUCCUUUUCAAAAGUUGAAAGAGCUGCUGCAAUGGGAAUGACAGGGCCACAAUUUGUAGGCUUAUGUUGCAUUGACAUUCUUCAUUAUUCCAUUAGCUUUAUAUGUUUGCCAUUAUUUUUUUAAACUGAAAAGUCAGACUUUGUCAAUAUUUUCUAAAACUGAAAGAUCAGACAUUUGUAAUAAUUUGUUUUUAUGAGUAUUGUCUAGAUGCCCUAUCUCAGCUACCCUUGCCCCCUCCACAGGAAUGUUGGCCUGUAGAUGGUUAUUUCUUCUAGCAGUAUAACCUACUAACAGAUGCUAAAAAAAUAUUUUUAGUUAAUUCUAGUCAUGAUUAGGUUUAAUCACUAUCUGGUGAGAGCUGGGUAAUACCUGACCUUGUUCAUUGUGUUAACUUGACACAAAACUAUUGUAAGGAAACCACAAGUGUGCACCUAAGGCAGUGGUGACACACACAACUUUAGUUUGUAGUGUCAGCUUGCAGGAAAGUAAUCUUAAGUUUACUUUAACACUGUAAAUAUAAUCUGGGUGUAGCUUUUUACUAUGAAAUAGUAUGUUAUUCUUGGAAGCUGUACAGAAAACAUGUAGAGAUGUAUGACUAGUUCCCUUUCUUUUCUUGUUUACCAAGAGAAUGUUUCCCAUGCAUGAUUAGUUCUGGUGUUGAUUUACUCAAGGUUUGGUGUAAAGUACUUCAAAAUUUUCCACAAGGAAAACUAGGUUGGAUAUUUGUACAAAUGUAAAGAGAGAAAUAUUUUACAA